AUGGAAGAUUCAACUGAAGAUAUAAUUAAAAGUUUUACUCUUGAACAAUCACCAGAAAUAAAACCUAAACCUAAAUCAAAAACUUCAGAUUUAACAGAUAUAGUCUAUGCUAUGGAUGACGACCUGAUAAAGAUGAAAAAGUUUACGAUAUUCGACGACAAGUAUGAUCAGAAUAUUAGUGAUUCAGAACACGAUUUAACACCAAUCAAAAGAAAGCGUCAAUCAGCACAAUCGGCACCACCACCGCCAGCAACAAAGUUUUCGUCAUCAAUCCCACAAAAACCUACUUUGCUGCCCAAGAAAUUGGCAACUUCACCAACAAAAAACUACACUGAUCACAUCAAUCAAUUACGAUCAGGUCCAAAUAGUCCUAAGAAAUAUCAAGAUGAUGAAAAUAUCCGAUCAUUAAAGUAUGAAAUCAAAAGAUUAAAACAAGAACAGAAUUUAAAAUUGGAAAAUUUACAACAUAAAAUUGAUUAUUUAACUAAUGAACGAGAUGAAUUACAAAAUCAACUUACUUCAAUGUCGUUUGAAAAUGAUAAGUUGACUAAAAAGAAUCGUUCACUUUCUCAUGAGAAUAAUCAUUUGACUUUGGAAAACUCAAAAUUGAAAACUAAAGAAUAUUCAAAUGAGGAACUACAACUGGAGAAUAAUAAAUUACAAAGAGUAAAUAGCACAUUGAGAAAUGAGCGGGAUGAAUUGGUCAAAGAUUUCAACAUAACUAGAGAUAAGUUGAAGAAAUAUUAUGAUUUAUAUCUACACUGUCAAAAAGCUCAUGCUAAAGAAAUGAAAAAGAGGAUAGAAGUAGAUGGGGAUAAGCCAAUAUCUGAUAAACCAAUGGCAGAUAACUCAACUAAUCAGGAAUUAGUCGAUGUAUUGAAAAAACUAUCAGAAAUGAUGAUAGAGCAAAAGAAAAUACUGGAACCCAGUGCAGCUGUUGAAAAAGAUACAACAAGUGAAGAUAAGACACCACCUAUACCCAACACAGCCAACUCAAGCGAUACACCACGUAUGGUUUCAGACUUUUUAGAAGAUUUCAUUAAGAGGGUUUUCGAAGAAAUGCUGUCCAAUAAUAAGAAUACGCUAUCUCCUAAACAAGCUAUUAACUCACAAACUUAUUCUCAACCAAACAAUUUUUCAAAUAAUACUGUACCUCCUUCUCAAUCUGCUGCAUAUAAUCCUUCGAAUAGUCAACCAGCUCCACCACCACAACCAGCAACUAAUUUCUAUAGCUCUUCAACACCUAAUACAAAUGGUUACAAUCAGUCACUGCAGUCAGAUGAGCGACCAGAGACAUUUGAAUUGCCUCAUGUUGCAAAAGAUCAUUGGCUACAAAGACCCACUAGUGAACGAUCUACCCAAUCUACAAAAUAUAUGAAGAUGGAUCCGGAAGACAUAAGGAAAUUGGUACUGGUUAUAACUGAUCAAUUGAAAAAAGAACAAAAGAGUGAAAAACCAUCAAAUGUUGUGGAAAUGGAGACCCCAGUGGAAAAAUGUCAAUGUUGUCAUGGUAAUCCAAGAAAUGUUACUGACACUAAUAAUAAUCAGAAACUAUGUCAGAGUUGUUUGAAUAAAGGUGAUUUCACAAUGUCGGAAUUUAUGGGUCGUUCUAACUGA